UCCCGCAUCGAGCCGCUGUAUUCGGCGAACGGCUGCUGUGUGUUGGGCAGGGCCCCGGACCUGGCCCCCCUCUUUUUCUAUCUUUAGUUUUCACAGCUGAGAUCACACGUUUGAGUGGGAAUAGCGAAUUUAAUCUACAAUCGAUCGUAUUGCUCUUUUAAUUGAGCUCAACUGUUUGUUAUUGACCAGAUUUAAAGGGCCACUCCAUUCGGGUGUGUUCAUAACUUGGAGUUCCUCUUUUUUCACUCGUCUCUUCUGGAGCCUGUAAUGGAAUGACUGACUGAAAACCAUGAACAAAAUGGAGAACAAGGCUCUAGAGAGCAGCUUUGAAGAAAAACUGACGCUGUCAGACAAAGUUCUCACAUCUCCUCCAGGCACGAGUGGCACGCUUCAGAAAGAGAAUGAAUUGGACAGUGAGAUCCUGAAAGCUGACGACACAACAGUCACAGACUCUUCCUUCAUAACAGACCCUCCCUCAAAAACAGAACCAAUCAAAUCAGACCCGAGACCCAGCACACCUGGAUCCAGCCCCAACCCACAGGCAAAAAAAGAUGGGAUGAGUUCAGAGCAACGGCAGAAACAGGCCAAAAAGCGGCGAGAGGAACGGGCCAAAUAUUUGGACCAGCGAACCCAGGAGCAAGCGGCCAAGAAAGCUCAGUGGUUGGAGAAGGAGGAGAAGGCACAGCGUUUGCGUGAGAGCCAGUUGGAGGAGCGCAGAAGGAAGUUAGAGGAGCAGCGACUGAAGGCAGAGAAACGAAGAGCUCUACUGGAGGAAAAACAGAGACAGAAACUAGAGAAGAAUAAGGAGAGGUAUGAAUCCGCCAUAAAGAGGUCAACCAAAAAAACGUGGGCUGAGAUCCGUCAGCAGAGGUGGUCAUGGGCUGGCGGCUUGAACCAGACCUCCCGCAGAGAGAGCAGAUGCUCGGCCUCCACGGUCAACCUGCCACGGCAGACGGAGCCUGUGAUUAACAACAGGCUGUCCAAGUCCUCGGCCACGCUCUGGAACUCGCCCUGCAGAACCCGCAGCUUGCGUCUGAGCCCGUGGGAGAGCCGCAUCGUAGAGAGGUUGAUGACACCCACCCUUUCCUUUCUGGCUCGCAGCCGGAGCGUCGCCACCCUCCAGAACAGCAGCGACCCCCAUCAGUGUUCCCGCUCUGCCUCUGUAUCUCCUCUGACGCCCUGCUCCCAUCAUCAUCAUCCUCACCAGCACAGCGCUGAACGCUGGAGGGUCUCGGCCAGCACACCUGAUAUCACACAACGCCAGCUGAGACGCAACUCUACACCGUUUGAGAAGAAGAAGAAAGAAAAGAAAGACAAAGAACGAGAGAAUGAAAAGGAGAAAAGCGCUCUGUCUAAAGAUAAAGUGGAGAAGAAGAGACAGUCCCAAUCCAUAACCAGAACGAAAACAGAAGCCAGCCCAAAUAUCAAAGCUAAAAACAGAGCUUCAUCACCUGCGACGCCCAGGAGUCGCCCUCUCUCCCCCAAUCCAGUGGUCUCCCCCAAACCCCCCUCAUCUUCAGGCAGGACUCCUACUGGCACGAAGACCCGGCCUAAACGGGCUCAGACUCCCGUCCGUGUGCAGCCCCCCGCCGUUGCUGCUGUCGCUGUGGAAACCAAGGAGCCCCGUCAGGCUGACCCUCCCAAGGGCACAAAGACUGCCAUCAGUGUUCCUGACAUCACCAUCUCGUCUGCACCGGCCACGCCCCUCACUCCCUCUGCACCAAUCACAGCAGCUCCUCAGACACCAGAGGUGGCCAAUGUGGCAGCCACAACUUCCCGAUCACUCUCUCCUGAGCCCGGCCCUCCGAUUGCCAAGCCCUCAGCUGGGACCAAUGAUCCCGAGGAGGCGGCCCGUGUGCUAGCAGAGAAGAGACGACAGGCCCGUGAGCAGAGAGAGAGGGAGGAGCAUGAAAGACGAGAACAGGAGCAGAAGAGCAGAGCCCUGCGUGAGGAGCACGCCAGACGUGAGGAGGAGGAGAGGAGGCGGAGGGAAGAGGAGGCGCGCUUCAUGGCAGAGCAGCAGCGUCUGCAGGAGGAGAGGGAGGCGCAGGAGAGAGCACGAGCCGAGCAGGAGGAAAACCUGCGUCUGCAGAGACAGCGAGAGGAGGCCGAUUCCAAAGCCCGGGAGGAAGCAGAGAGACAGAGGAUAGAAAGAGAGAAACACUUCCAGAAGGAGGAACAGGAGCGUCUGGAGAGAAAGAAGCGUCUGGAAGAAAUCAUGAAAAGGACUCGUAAGAGUGAUGCAGGAGGACAGAAAGACUUUAAGACUCCAGCUCAAGUGAACGGCAGAGUCUCUGACAGCGUAAUUCAGAAAAAUCCUUCAGAAACUCUUCAUAGUGGUGCGACAAAUUUUAACCAAUCACAAGGAGACGUGAAAACGAGCUCUGUGUCCUGGGACGCGGCACCCAUCAUUAAUGGCGUCCAGCCCACUAAGCAUCAGAAUGGACUGUCCUCCAACGGAGAGGCAGCAGACUUUGAGGAGAUCAUCAAGCUGUCCAAUCACAGUGGCAGUGGAAACAGUGGGCAGGGCCAACCUGCUGACCCAAUCAUGGCCUUUGAGGGAGGGGAACCGUUCAUGAUGAAGGCGGGGCCUAUGAAACCUCAACAUGUGGCAGAGGUCCUGUGAGAGAGCAGAGCCUUCUGUAAGAGAAGAGAAGCCUUACGCUACCACUGCUUCCACCCUGACGUGUGCCAAACCAACAAACAGACUGCUUUAACUUUAGAAACACAGGAAGACAGAAACCGCUGAUUUCUGUGGAAGCACUUUGAGGAAGUGGAGGAGAACCUUAAAAAGACACUUAUAUACAUUUAAAACGUUUGCAAGAAGUCUCUGUCUGUUUCACUGUGUCAUGGUGCAAAAUUGUUGAGUUUCGUUAAAAAGUUACCUGCUAAUUAUGUGGUGCACCUUAAAAGAGUCACUAUAUGAUACAACUUGGAAAUACACGAUGUUUGGCUAUCAUUAUGAUAUUAAUUAUUGUUGUUAUUGUUGUUGUUAUGAUGUAUUGUUAUUGUUCUUUUAAGUAGACGUGUGUCUUGAAUUUUUGCGUUAUUUAACGUGAGGAGCAUCAGAAGAGGGCGAUAUUCUGUAUGUUAAUGUAUAUUUGCCUGAUUAUGACAGACCUGUGGAAUAAAUCUUUAUGAAAGGG